AUGGCCACCUGCGUGGCUUCUUCCAACUCCCGGGGAGAUCCGCCGGUCGCCGCCACUGCGCGAUUCGAUGGCCACCGCCAUCCCUGCAAGGUCGCCGACAUCGCCCGAUCGAACUUCCCCGACCUCGCCAUAUCCCCCUCCGCCGUCGUCGCCGCGGAGGCGGCGGGAUUUGAGGAGAACAGCAAGUACGUGCUCCCCGGAGGAGACACCGAUGAGGAUGUGGACGAGGUUUGGGCGAGGCUUCGGGAGGAGGCGGAAGCUGAUGCGGAGAGGGAGCCGGUGCUGCGGACCUUCUACGAUGGCGCGAUACUCUCCCACGGCUGCUUGGAGAGCGCCCUAGCGGCGCACCUGGCGGCGAAGCUCGGCCGCCCCGACCAGAUCUCCGGUGACGUCCUCUUCGAGAUCUUCUUCGACGCCUUCCUCUCCGAUCAGGAGGUUCAGCGCGCCGUCCGCGCCGAUCUGCGCGCGAUGCGCGAUCGAGAUCCGGCCUGCGCGAGCAUAGUCCACGGCCUGCUCUACUACAAGGGAUUCCUGGCCUGCCAGGCCCACAGGGCGGCGCACCGGCUCUGGAAGAGCGGGCGGAGGGUGCUGGCGCUUUUCCUGCAGAGCCGCGUCUCGGAGAUCUUCGCCGUGGACAUCCAUCCCGGGGCAAGGAUCGGGAAGGGGAUCCUCCUCGACCACGCCACCGGCCUGGUCAUCGGCGAGACGGCGGUGAUCGGCGACAACGUCUCCAUCCUCCACAACGUCACCCUCGGAGGAACCGGGAAGGAGUCCGGCGACCGCCACCCGAAGAUCAGCGACGGAGUCCUCGUCGGCGCCGGCACGCAGAUCCUUGGCAACGUCUCCAUCGGAUCGGGGGCCAAGAUCGGGGCCGGAUCGGUGGUGCUGAAGAACAUUCCGGCGAGGACGACGGCCGUGGGGAACCCUGCCAGGCUUCUGGGAGGAAAGGACAACCCGAUGAAGCUCGACAAAAUGCCCGCCCUCACCAUGGACCACACCUCGUGGUCGGAUUACGUCAUCUGA